AUGGCCGACAAGGACAGCGUGGAGAAAUACCUGGAAAACAAUCCGCAAUUUGCCAAAGAGUACUUCGACAAAAAGGUGCGCGCCGAUGCGCUGGCGGCCGCUUUCUCCACGACCAUCGACGUCAAAGACGCUGCCUCCUUCAAGGAUGUUACCUCCAUGCAAGAGGCCGCCAUCAUCUUUGAGCUGGUCCAGGAACUGCAGAAACCAGACAACAUGGAGAAGUCCUUGCACAAGGUGUUGCAGAGGGCCUGCAUGAUCAUGCAGGCCGACAGGCUCAGCUAUUACAUGUGCCGGUCUAGGAACGGAAUACCCGAGCUGUCCACUUGCCUCUUCGAUGUGACCCCCACCUCCACAUUUGAAAGCAACCUGGUCGACCCCCGGGCUGAAAUCGUGUUCCCCACUGACCUCGGUAUUGUCGGUUUCACGGCGCACUCUAAAAAGCCGCAAAACGUCCCGGAUGUUACAAAGAGCACAACGUUCAGCAGCGACUUUGUGGACAAGCAGACGGGUUACAAGACCAAAUGCAUAAUGAGUUACCCUCUGAUGGCUGACAAGGAGGUCCUGGGUGUCGUCAUGGCACUCAACAAAAUAGGAGCCACAGAGUUCUCCAAGGAGGAUGAGACACUCUUCCACAAGUACAUGAACUUUGCCCAAGUCAUCGCCCUGCAGCACUUCACAGCCUACAUGUUCAACGUGGAGUCCAGAAGGAGUCAGGUGCUGCUGUGGUCGGCCAGCAAAGCGUUUGAGGAGUUGACAGACAUUGAGAGACAGUUCCACAAAGCGCUGUACACCGUCAGGAUCUACCUCAAUUGUGAGCGCUACUCGGUGGGCCUGCUGGACAUGACCAAGGAGAAGGAAUUCUAUGACGAGUGGCCGGUGAAACUUGGAGAUGUGGAACCUUACAAAGGACCAAAGACACCUGAUGGCAGGGAAGUCAUCUUUUACAAGAUCAUCGACUAUCUCCUGGAGGCGAAGGAAGAAAUCAAAGUCAUACCCAAUCCACCUGCAGACCACUGGGCGCUGGUCAGUGGACUACCCACCUAUGUGGCAGAAAAUGGCUUUAUCUGCAACAUGAUGAAUGUGGGUGCAGAUGAUUACUUCACUUUCCAGAAAGUGGCUGUGGAUGACACAGGUUUUGUCAUCAAGAACGUCUUGUCGUUACCCAUCGUCAACAAGAAGGAAGAAAUCGUGGGGAUCGCUACAUUCUUCAACAGGAAAGACGGCAAACCAUUUGAUGAGCACGACGAGCAGAUCACCGAGGCCCUGACCCAGUUCCUUGGCUGGUCGGUGCUGAUCUGUGACACCUAUGACAGACUAAACCGCAUGGAGAACAGGAAAGACAUUGCCCAGGAGAUGCUUAUGUGCCAGACCAAAUGCACAAGCGUUGAGCUGCAGUCCAUUCUGAACACCAAAGAGAAGUUCGAUGCAGAUCCUGAGGACUGUGACCAGAAAGAAAUGUAUAAACUCCUGAGAGCCACCUGUCCACCGGCCGAUAAUGUCAACGGAGAGUCCCUUCUGCUCUUCUCCUUCAGCGACUUCCCUUCCUCGGAGUUCGAACUCAUCAAGGCCGGCAUCCGCAUGUUCUUCGAGCUCAACGUCAUCGAAAAGUUCAAAGUUCCCGCUGAGAUUCUGACCCGGUGGAUGUACACAGUGAGGAAGGGAUACAGAGACAUCACCUACCACAACUGGAGGCAUGGCUUCAACGUAGGCCACACCAUGUUCUGCCUGCUACAGACAGGGAGACUGAGGAAGUACUACUCAGACCUGGAUGCCUUUGCCAUGGUGGCUGCAGCGUUCUGCCACGAUAUCGACCACAGAGGGACCAACAACCUCUACCAGACAAAGAGUGCAUCUCCUCUGGCCAAGCUCCACGGCUCCUCCAUCAUGGAGAGGCAUCACUUGGAGUACAGCAAGACGCUCAUGGCUGAUGAGAGCCUGAACAUUUUCUGCAACCUGCAGAAGCGUCAGUUCGAGAACGUCCAGCACUUGUUUGAUGUCUGCAUCAUUGCCACUGACCUGGCCCUUUACUUCAAAAAGAGGACCAUGUUCCAGAACAUCGUGAACGCCACAGAGCCGAUGACCGAUGAGAAAGAGGCCACGGCCUACGUGUCCAACAACUCCAUCAGGAAGGAAAUUGUGAUGGCUAUGAUGAUGACGGGCUGUGACUUGUCAGCCAUCACUAAACCCUGGGAGGUUCAGAGCAAGGUGGCUCUCAUGGUGGCGGCUGAAUUCUGGGAACAGGGCGACCUGGAGAGAAACGUGUUGGACCAGCAACCCAUUCCCAUGAUGGACAGGAACUGUGCUGAGCAGCUGCCCAAGAUGCAGUGUGGUUUCAUUGACUUCGUAUGCUCAUUCGUAUAUAAGGAGUUCUCGAGGUUCCACAAGGAGAUCCAGCCCAUGUUCGAUGGCUUGAACAACAACAGGAGUCACUGGAACGAGCUGGCUCAGGUCUACAAUGCCAAGAUGCAGGCCAUUGAAGAUGAGAAAAAGAGGAUUGAGGAUGAGGCCAAGAAAGGUAGCGGUGAGGAGGGAGGGAAGUCAAAGACCUGCACCAUCUGCUAA